AUGUUAUCCAGUUCGAAUAUUUUAACCUCCACCGUUCCAGAUUGUAUAUACUUGACCGGUGGUGCGUCGUCGAAUCGUCAUAUAGCGCAGAUACUCGCCGAUGUUUUCAAUUGCGAUGUAUUCAUACGUGAAGGUGCUGCCGAUUCAGCGGCACUCGGCGGUGCCUUGCGUGCUCGACACUGUAGUGAGCUACAUCGAGGGGAGGAUUUCUUUGCGAUUUCAAAGAAAGCAACUUCUUCGUCAAAACGAAUCGCUCAACCAAAUGCUGAUAAUGUCAAGAUAUACGAUCAAAUGCUACCUAUUUACGCUAGACUCGAGUGGGAAAUCACGAGUGCAUCGUGUAUAUCCUAG